ACACGCCUGGUGACGCCUGUGACUGCUGGAGAGAGAGGGCAGGACCAGAGUUAGUAGAGGCUGAGCUGUGAGGUGUUGGUACCAGCAGAGGAGCUUUCACAUACAGAUGAAGUCAGCGCUGAGGCUUAUUUUACUGUAGCAAUAGCUUGUAGGCAGCACUGUACAUCACUGGUUGGCAUUGGGAUCUCUCUUGUUGUGGAGUACAGGAUCAGAAGCAGCAAAUGUUUCCGGUCAGGCAGCCUUGGCUUUGCAAAGCCUUAGGUGCUUUCCUCUAUCCCAUUUCUGCCAAUGCAUUUAUUAACACUGUGGAUAUUUGCUACCUGCUUCAACAGCGCAGCUUACACUGGAAGAAGUGCAUGAGAUUGUCGUGAAGUCAGUGGUGACUGCUUUUGUUUGGACGCUUUAUUGGGAAUCGCUGCUUGAACUCUUGUUUGUCACUAAUUUUUUUUUCUGUUGCUUUCUUUGCCUGUUGGUGGGGUUUGGUGUAUGCUCAUGGAUUUGCAGACAGAGCGAGGCCUUUUUCAUAGCCCCCCCACAGGGUAAAAGAGUUCCCCACCGUGGCGUAGAUGUGUUGUUUUGUUAUAUGUGCGGUGUGUGCCGCCUGUGUGCUGAUAUAUUAUGCCCCCUCAGGUUGUUAUGAUUGCUGUAUCCGGUGCAUUGGGGCAGUGCCCUACCCAUCCCUGGUGGCCACCCUGCUGUGCUAUGCUGGCAUGGCAUUAUUUUGUGGCUGUGGGCAUGAAGCGUUGUCCCAGACCGAAGUCCUCGUCGAGACUUACUUCGCCCGCAACGUUCAAGACUUUGUGGUCAUGGCCUCCUUUAUCAAAUACUUCCAGUACGUGAUCUAUGGCCUGGCAUCAUUUUUCUUCCUCUAUGGUAUCCUGCUGCUGGCUGAGGGUUUCUACACCACGAGCGCUGUGAAGCAGACCUUUGGUGAAUUCAGGAGCACCCAAUGUGGCCGCUGCCUCAGCCUGACGUUCAUCAUAGUGACGUACAUCUUGGCCUUCAUCUGGCUGGCGGUGUUUGCCUUCACUGCUAUCCCAGUCUUCUUCUUGUUCAACAUGGAGCAGACCUGCCACAACAUCAACAUCCUGGCUGAAACAACCCCCAGCAUUAAUCAACACGGCUGGAUUUGCAUGGACGCCAGGCAGUAUGGUCUGCUUCCUUGGAAUGCAAUGCCAGGCAAGGCUUGUGGAAUGACCUUGGCAUCUAUUUGCAAAACCAGUGAAUUCUACGUCACCUACGACCUGUACAUAGCUGCAUUCGCUGGUGCAGGGGUCACUCUCUUAGCACUGUUUCUGUAUCUGGCUGCGACCACCUACAACUACGCAGUCUUACGGUUCCUGGGCAGGAAGGGGGUCCGCUAAGUGAAACACCCCCGUCCCAGUCAUCCCUAUCCUCUGGCUACGAGAUGGACAAGUCAACACUUGACUUCCAUUCAUCCUCUGGGAAACAGCGACUUCCAAACCUGGAUCACCUGCUAUAGUUUUUCUUUAGACAUGUCCAAUAACAGACAAAUGUUUCUCAUCACUGUUUUGUAUGAACAACAGACAGAGAGAUGAAGAUUAUUCACAUCCAGCAGCACACUCCGGCCUCCUCCCCAAAUCCUCCUCUCAAAUGAUUCUCUUAGCUUUGUUGUUCAUUUCCUCUCCCAGGUUGCAUCUCUCAUUUUAUUCUUUUUCCGAAGCUUCAUUGGUGCUGAUGCUGUUUUCAGAUUGUGAUGUAUGAUGUCUCAUGAAUAAUUAAGAGCGAUGACAGCUCGCCUCUAUUAUCAUAACUGCAUGCAGUCCGCUCAGUGUUUACUGAUGCAUAUAUUGGUUCUGAAUAUGAUUUUGCUGCUGCCUCAUUAUCAACAUCUUGUGUAGCAACAUUGUGUGAACUAAAUCAAGGGAGGCUGAAUGUACCAAAGUUCUCUGCAUGGGUUACGUGUACCCCCCCCAUCUCCCAUUGUGCUUCCACUUACAGUACAUGUACUUUGCAUUCGCUCAUAAUGCAUUCUUGCUUCGUUUAAAUGCCACUGUGUAGGAGGGAAACAAAGACAUGUAUCCAUUUUUCUGGAUGUUUUUGGGUUACUGCUUAAAAUAAGCUGUUUUUAUGUUACUGAGGUGUUGAUGCUUCAAUAACGUGCCUCCAGGUGACUCAUGUUUGAUGUGUAGCCCUGCUACUUACUGAGCUGGGUUGUUUUGUGUGCUCAUUUUUAAUUAAGGCUGAUUAAACCACUUAAAUCUGA